AACAUCCGUCGAGACGUUGGGAGUUGCGCCGUACUGUAGUCACGGUUAGAUAUCGAUCGGUUCAGUGCCAUAAAAGUUCAAACAUACCUGUUUAAAACACUCCGAGCUGGUUAUCAUGCUAAACUGAGCGGGGAAGGUAAAUAAGACGCCGCUGUAUGAGUGAACGAGUCGGUCAGUGAGCGAGUGAACCGUCGCCCUGCUGUACUGAGGACUUUACCAUGUGCAGACGCAGACUGGAGACACCAUAAGAAUAGCCAAUCAUGCGUCGCUUCAGUUCAGAGGGAAAUCUUUUGGGCAUGGACCUCCUGUCCUGGAAGCGCGACAACCCCCCCGAUGAAAUAAAAGAAUUAGAUACACAUGGCGAGGACGAAAUGGACACGGGCGCGUCCUCUCUGCCGUCCACGCCGAUCAUCUGCGUGAACGCCGGAACCAGACCAGGAAAGGAGCUCCGUAAGGAGGUCAGCAUGAGUGUGGAGAACCUUUCAGACCUGGACAAGUCAUCUGGUUUGCUCAAGGUCACCUCGCUCAACGAUAGCUUCAAAGCGUACAGUGACAGUCAGCUGGCAGGAGGCACCAACAGCAGCACGGAGAGCAUGGAGAAAGACGAGGUUCCAUCUCCGCCCUCGAAAUCGUCUCCUACCCUCAACCCCUUCUGCUUCAACGCAGGGACUCACCACCAUCGCGAUCAAGUCAAAGCCAAGCUCUCCUCAGCCAAGUUGCAUCUUAAGAGUCUAUUUGGGCAGAGUCCAAACUCCUCCAAUUCCAACCUCACAACACCAUCGCCGCCGCCGGAGAACAGAGAAACCAGUGCUAAAGAGAAACGCUCUCGCUUUGUGAAGCAGUGGAGCGAGGUGGGUCAUGCAAAGACCCGACUCAGUAAAGCGGAGAUGGAGAAGUGGGCCGAGUCGCUGGACGCUGUGCUGGACAGCAGAGUGGGCGUGUCCGUGUUCCAAGCAUUCCUGCGCUCCGAGUUCAGCGAGGAGAACCUGCAGUUCUACCAAGCCUGCGAGCAGUACAGACAUUCGUCCACCACCUUCACCCUGCAGCGGCGGGCCAAGGAGAUCGGCGCCACCUACAUACAGGAAGGGGCUCAGCGAGAGGUAAAUUUGGACAGUAAGACACGUGAACUAACGCUGCAGCUGCUCAAGGCGCCUUCCCACAAUUCUUUGUGUCACGCGCAGAAACGCAUCCGCUCGCUACUGGAAUUUGACUGUUACCCUCGCUUCCUCCAGUCCAACGUUUACCUCAAACUGCUCGAGGACGCUCACUAGGAACGGCCGUGGGAGGCCAGGUCGCUUCAUCAACCGACCGACGGAGCCUCGUGUGCAAAAAAAAAACCUGCCGGACGCUCAGGUGGUGCCGAUUCGGUCAGACAGACUCUUGCUUCUGUUGGUUAGAUGGAUUAAAAACAAUGAAUAAUCGAUGGAAUGUGUAAAACACAGAGUCCCGCCUCGAGCUGCGAUUUAUUACUUUAUUAUUGUAUUAAUGAUUCUGGCUGAAACGAAACAAAACCGAGUCCGCAGCCAGUCGGCUAAGUCGUGUCGUUUUCUUUUGUAGUUUUGCACUGAAGCUACGAGUCCAAUGUAGCAAACGAGUAGUAAAAGUGUGUGGCGCCUCACACUGUAUCCAAGUCCUGAAAUAAUACACAAUGAGCAGCAUUCAGUGGCGUCCAAGGUUAGUUCUCCAUUUUUGGCAGCAGCAUGUUUCUAGUAUUUUUUAGAGGUGGACACAAUAUCAGAAAUAUAUCACAAUAUAUCUAUUCCAAGGAGCUGAUAAGGAGAAGGACUCCUUAAUACUCAUCAAUACUUGGAAUGAUUCCUUACAUGUUCUAGAUAAAUAAAUUGUUGUGGGAUGUUGGAGCAUUUUCCUAAAUAAAAAAUAGUAAUAAUAAAUUGGACAUUUAAGGGAUGAAGGAGGUGUGCUCCUAUUGGUCUGCCCUUCGGACCGUCCUAUAAAAGUUCACUCUCUUUCUAAUUCAUUGUUUUAACCGCUUAUCCAAUCAGGGUUGGGGGGAGGGGUGCUGGAGCCUAUCCCAGCUUUUCGAUGGACGCAAGGCACACAGUGCCAUUCACCUAUAGGGCAAUUCAGUGUCUCCAAUUAACCUGACUGCAUGUUUUUGGACCGCGGGAGGAAACCCACGCAGACAUGGGAGAACAUGCAAACUCCGCACAGAAAGGACCCGGACCGCCCCGACCUGGGGAUCGAACCCAGGACCUUCUUGCUGUGAGGCGACAGUGCCACCCACCGAGCAACCGUGCCGCCCUGUAAAAGUUCGGUGACGUUUAAAUUUGGGGAUUGGAGAGUCCCGGAAUGAGCUUGACCUCAUUCUGGCGUUCAGAAAGCAUCUAAUCUUGUAAAUUGAUUAAUAAUUAUCUGUUAUAUGAUCAUGCAAAGCAGUAAUUUUGCAAGGCGAAAGCACACGAAUAUAAGAAACAUGGUGAACGUCAGACUGUUUGUUGCACCCAAUGUUUGGCCUUAUUGGAGCUCUGUUAGUUGACUUCACGUGUGACAGUGCUAAUAGUCCGAGUUCUAUUGCUAUUAAAUGACGGUCAACCAAUCAGACUCACCUGUUCUGUGUUUGUAAUUUAAUGUCGAGCUUGUUUUGUGGCGUUUCCAUUAUUGUGUCCACAGCCCACCAGGUAACAUGCUGUUUUUAAUGGUCAGUAAUAAAUCACGUUGCAGCAAAUUCAGAUCCUUCUCGGUCAGCCCAAGCAUCAAUCGUAAUACUUGUUAAGGUGUGCGUGGUUUUAAGGUUUUAGGUCAUUUAGGGAAACAUUAAUGAUGCAGAUUUAUCACACACCCACUAUUUGAAUGUGAUGUUAAAAUAGAACCGAUUGGCUGUUUAGACGAAUGGAAAAAUGCUGAUGUCGUCUCACGCUGUGGUGCAUCUUUAUUCAGCAAAACCACCCCUAUUAGUCCGGCGCUCGCCGGAGUGCACACACUCCUCUGUAAUUAUUACCUAGAAGCGUAGGCGAGUUUAGCACCCAUCACGCUUCACUGAGCAGGAGCAGAACAGCACGCUCACAGAGCAGCGCAACUCGCCAGGACAGAUCGGCCUCGCCUCUCACGGGGUCAGAACUCGCUAUGAAAUACAGCUGCACUCGCAGGAAUUCCUUCCUACCCGAUUCACCGAGUCUGUUCGGUGGCUCGUAAAGCGACCGAAGGCACCGGGCUUGUGUACAGAAUCUCUCUGUGUUGUUUAUACAUACAUCUGUUCAAGCUGUACGGAAAUAAAUCACGUUUUAUAUUG